AUGGCUGAUUAUCGGGUAACCGUUUUUAAUGACUUGGCUCGAAACACCAACCUGAAUGUUCAUUGUCAAGCUGCAGGCAUAAAUCCGAGUACUCAUUCGAUCCCAUUUUUGAAUGACUUCAGCUGGACCGUCAACAUUAACACUACUGCUGUUUUAUCUUGUGAUAUGAGUUGGGGUAUCGUAAAGGGGCAUUUCGACAUCUUCAAUGCUAAAAGAGAUGCCACUAGAUGUGCUAGAAACUGGUGCGCUUGGCGUGUGAAACAGGAUGGCUUGUAUCUAUUCAUCGAGGUGCAUAAGAGGUUGGAGUUGCAGUUUACGUGGCCACAUUGA